UCCACACUCUCUCUCUCUCUCUCUCCUCUUUCAUCUCAAAGAGCGAGAAAAUCAAUAGGGGUGGAAAAGCUAAGCAAGAAAUCCUCAGCUUCAUCACCUCCAUCCAAUUAUUUCCUCAAAACCUCUCCACAAUCCUCAAGAAAUAGAAAAAUGAAGGGGGUGAAGGGCAGAAUCCUAAAGAAGCUCAAAUCCAUCCCUGAAAUCCCUUACCUCAAACAACCCCAGUCGUUCUUUCAACUCCAAGACCCUUCCUCUCCCCUCGAAUCCGAUCGAAUACUCUCACCCACAAAAGAAUUCGAUGAACACGCCAUCGAAAACAAGGAGAACUUCAGCCAGAAUUCAGAUGAAAAUCAAACCCAAACAGCACCCAAAUGCCAAUCAUUUCGCAAGCCUGAUCCAGAUUCAGCGACCCUUUUCGACCCGAAGCUCCUAGCUGCAUUCCAUCAAGCGGUGAUCGACUACUUCAGAAAUCAACACCAAGAAGAAGUACUGAAUGAAAAUUUUCCUACAACCAGCCUUCGAGGAAUCAGAAAGACCUUCGAGGAUUGCAGCAGCAUAAAGCUGCUCCUCGAGAAUUUAAAGCUGGUUUUCAUAGAGAGAGACGUAUCGAUGCAUAUUGAGUUCAGAGACGAGCUAUGGAGAGUUUUGGGGUAUCGGGCGAUCCCACCGAGGUUGUUUAUAAGGGGGAGGUGCAUUGGAGGAGCAGAUGAAGUCUUGGGAUUGCACGAGCGAGGGGGGUUGAUCCCGUUGGUGGAAGGAAUCGCGAGGACUCGGAAUGGGGAGAGAUUGUGUGGAGGUUGCAACAGGGUGAGGUUUGUGGUUUGUAUAGAGUGUGAUGGGGGGAGAAAAGUGUUUGAUGAGGAGAAAGGGAUGAAUGUGCAGUGUUUGAGGUGUAAUGAGAAUGGAUUGGUUGUUUGCCCUCUUUGUUGUUGAUGAUUCGAGUGUUUUUGAACAUAUUCUUUACAUUCUUUGAUUCAA